CGCCCUAACCCUAAAACGUUGACCGACCAGGGAUGAGUUAUUACAACCAACAACAGCCGCCCGUCGGCGUCCCUCCUCCGCAAGGUUAUCCUCCCCAGGGAUAUCCGAAAGAUGCAUAUCCUCCGCCAGGAUACCCUCCGCAGGGUUAUCCUCCUCAGGGCUAUCCAGCGCCGGGCUACCCACCUCAGGGAUACCCUCAGUACCCUCCUCCUCAACAACAACAACAACAGUCACAAAGCUCCGGUUUACUUGAAGGAUGUUUGGCGGCCCUUUGUUGUUGCUGUCUUCUGGAAGCGUGCUUCUAAGGGUUUGUAGAGCGGGCGGGGAGCUGAAUGAGGUGGUUUGACAUGAUAUGAACAGGAAAUUCU